AUGGUUGCUCGUCGAAUUGCACCCAUUUUAUUGCUUAUAUGGCUGACAGAAGCCGAUGAAUAUGCCUACACAGUGAUCGUUCCGGCUGGCAAAACCGAAUGUUACAGUCAUGCUAUUCUGGAUAAGAAGUACCGCUCGUUCGAGAUUGAUUACCAGGUGAUCGCCGGCGGUGAGCUCGACAUCACUUUCUAUAUCACUUCACCCAGCGGGUUACGAUUGAUAAAUGAUUUAAAACAUAGCGAUGGAACUCACAGCAUUCAGUCCGAAAAGCGUGUAUUUUUCGAAUUGUUCCUCUUGGAUGCUGCAGGUCAAUUUCUUGGCGGUUUCGAUGCAAGAAUCAAUGUUGCAGCGGAAGUUUUGCGGACACUAGACACACACAUUGAUGUUUUUCAGAGGCAAAGGUGA